CGCUCUAACCACUAGGCUACCCUGCCCAUGACGAAAACAUUCAUUGUUAUAAGAUUAUUUUACAGUACUCUAACCGUUCAGUAUUUUGCGUGUGUGUGUCCUCAGCUCUGAAUGAACCCACCAUCGACUACGGUUUCCAACGACUGCAGAAAGUCAUCCCCCGGCACCCUGGGGAUCCAGAACGCCUUCCAAAGGAAGUGAUUCUGAAGAGGGCAGCAGACCUCGUGGAGGCUCUGUAUGGGAUGCCUCACAACAACCAGGAGAUGAUUCUGAAGCGUGCGGCGGAUAUAGCGGAGGCUCUUUACAAUGUUCCCAGAAACCACAACCAGUUGAGCGGCCUGGGCAACAGCUCCGUCCACGCAGGCAUGAUGGGGGUCAACUCCUUCCCUGGCCAGCUGGCCGUCAACGUGUCCGAGUCCUCCCAGGGAGCCAAUCAGGGUGAGGGGGCGGGUCGAUACGGGUGUGGCGCUAUCGUCAUAGAAACCGGUUUCAGUCGGAACACGAGCAGCGUGUCUCCACAUGGCUAUGUGCCCAGCUCCACCCCCCAGCAGAGUAACUACAGCUCUGUGACCACCAGCAUGAACGGCUACGGCAACACUGGCAUGUCCAACCUGGGAGGAUCCCCCAGCUUCCUCAACGGCAGCGCUGCCAACUCGCCCUACGCCAUCGUUCCCUCCAGUCCCACCAUGGCGUCCUCCACCAGCCUGCCCUCUAACUGUAGCAGUUCCUCUGGGAUCUUCUCCUUCUCCCCUGCCAACAUGGUGUCGGCCGUCAAGCAGAAGAGCGCCUUCGCCCCUGUGGUGCGACCUCAGACCUCACCCCCACCCACCUGCACCAACGGCAACGGUCUCCAAGAUCAGUCUUUUGUGGACUCUAGCAAGUACUCUACAGCCAGCUCACUGCAGGGCCUGGCCUUUUCCUGAACAGUGAUUCCUGGAAUGAUCGUUCCUCCCAUGUAAGCGAUGUUUGGGUAUGAGAGGAAAGACUCAGGCGUGGAUCUCAGCAUGUACCCAAGGCUCCAGUUUAGGACUGGUUCGUCAGUCCUGCGUUGAAGGAAUAGAACCCGUAACUCAGGCCCUUUUUUUCAAAGGAAUCACAUUUGAACUUUAAAAGGAGAAAAAAUAAAUAAGAAGAAAACGCAGCAUUUACAACAACCUCUUUGGAAUUCGUAAGAGUUGAACGCAAGGUCAAAGAUUACCCAGAAAACCCAACCCAGCUAAACAUGAGUUUUAUUUAUUUGGGAGAGGAUUGACUUAUCCUUUUAUUUAGUGUUUUACCUUUGUGCAAAACACUAUGUAUUUCCCAUCUUCAAUGUGUAAUAUACACAAGUGAAAAUAUUAGAGAGAUUUUUCAUUUAUGAAUCUGAAAAAGAUAAAUUAAUAAAUUCUUUGAGAAUGAUAGAAGACAUUAAAAUGUGAGUUAAAUAGUAAAGACUGAAUUAGAUUUAUACAAUUGCUGUACUCAUGAAUCAAGACUAGCCAAACCAGACAUUUAGACAUUUGUUUUGUACUACAGUGUGCUGGAUAUAGACGAUGCCACAUUCCCUAACUAACCCUAAGGCACAGAAAGACACGCUAGGUAGCACUAACCAUGCACCAUUGCAGAAACUCUCUGCUUUCGAGUUCUUUUGGUCGCUGCAAACAGCGCCUACUCAUUUCUCUCCCUCUCAUGCAGAGAACUUCAUCGCUACGACUAGAAUCGUUCACUCAGCACCACAGAAAGCAAGUGAUUUAUCCAUGAUGACACAUAGCCGGCCAUUCACUCCAUGUUGGCUGUAAGUGUACCGAUCGUGUCCAAGCUCCUAGGUGGUUGUCAGAGUUAGAGAGCAGAGCCUGAACCUGCUCUGGAGACCAACAGUGUCUCUACUGUGUGGUUGGUCUAUUGGACCGCAAUCUUGCUGUGGAGCCGCUCAGCAGUGCCCUGUAACUGUACAUUAGAAACCCUCUUGUUAAAGUGUUCUCUCUCUGCCAUCCACCAUGAAAUCUCAAUGAAGGAAACCAUGUUUUAAAAGGAUGUCGCCAUUUCACUUUUGCUAUAUUGUGUUGAGUUAUUUUUCUUUGUAUGAAUUAUUCCUUGAUAGUUUUUGGUUUGUUGUGUUUCUCACCAUGAUACUGGGGUCACUGGGGGUCAUGGGGGUCAUGGGUCGCCCAUUCAAAAUGUUUCUCUUGUUCCUCCUUGUUACCGUACAACAGUUGAGGAUCUGAGAUAGGUCAAACUGGGAGACACUUUAUAGACAGACUAAUGAGUCAACAUGAGGUGUUUAGUGGUGUCCCAGUCGACGUGGUGAUACAUGGAUUACCCAGCACUGUAACAGUGACCUAAUCCUCAGAUACCCAGCAAAACAUAUCUGAAUCCAUUUCAAUUGUCUUUCUUUCUUUUCUUUUUCUCGUGUGAUGUGUGUUUUUGUAUAUAGUAAUACAUGUAUGUGAUGUUUCUUUUAAUUUUGCCAAAGUCAUUGUUUAAGAUAUAUUUAUACAUUUAAAGAAGUCUUACGGCAGCUUGAGUGUCACGGAUGUCAUGUUUACUACAUACUCAAAAUGAUCCCAUCAACUUUAGCUCGGAGAGUUUAAAUAGUUAAGACGGGAGAAACAGAAUGUUACCUAUCCACAUUAAUAAUGUACUAUCUCUCCUCAAUUUCUACAUUUUAGCUUCUUCCACAUCCUUCAUGUGUAUGUUUGCAUUUUGUGACAGUGCCGAUCAGUUUUUUACUUGGUUGUCUACCAUGUUCCGUGUUUAGGUGGGAUUUUGAUACAUGUAAUUUUUUUACGUUGUUGUUUUUCUUAUGUUGUUUUAAGCCAUACUUCCAUUUUCCAUCCACCCUAAAAGCCAUACUUCCACUUCCAUCCACCCUAAAAGCCUUUGUCUAUUUUUUUAUCAUUUUGGAAGUUAAUGAAGAAAAAAAAAAGUGUCUUGAUUUUGCGUUUGUUUUAUCAUAUGGUAAAGGUAGUAUAUUAUUCUUAUAGUAAAGAGAUUAUAUAAGUAUAUCAUUUGAAUUUCUUCUUUGCUUAGAUUUUUUUGGGCUUAAAAAAAACCCGUAUACUGUUUAAAAACAAACAUUAGGCAUGUGGGUUCUCUUUCUAGCCAAGCAUUUGUGUGCUGAAAGCAGGAAGACCAUUUUUGGGGGGGGGGAAAAUAUGAAAAUAUUUCCUUCAUAUCUUCCAUCUUAUUUUCACUUUCCCCUCCGUUGUCUCACCAAAAUCUGAACCAGCAAUUUAGAUGCCUUAACAAUGCAAACCCACAGACAUCAGUGUAGAGUAGAGACCACAUCAGUGCUCUGCUAACAUACUUUAAAAUGGGUGCAACAAGCAACAUAUAGAGAGGGGGGUCGAACACAAGUGGAACUGUUCCUUAUCCCUGAGCCCUGAGCGAUGUUUCACUGUUUCCCCUGCCGCAGGGAGCACUCGGCAUGGCACAGCAGAGAUAGGGGGAGCCAGAAAUAACAGAGGGGA